AUGGCGUCAAGACUGGAGCAGGGGGUUGCCACCCGUGGGGCGGGCAGUUUCGAGACGGCGGUUGCGCGGUAUAACGUUUUGCAGGAGAGCUACAGCUCAGAAAAGCCUUCGGUCACGUUUCCCGUGCACGCGUGGAGGCGUUGGAAUCCCUCCGCGUUUGCAAUUCAGCAAGGUGAGACGUACGCGGUGGAAGUGCCGGGGGAGCAGUACUGGGAGGACGGCCGGAUACGUGCCGACGCCGCUGGGUAUGCCACCUACUACGACGCCGUCGACGCUUGCUGGGUGGCCAACGGGCGAUGCCGAUCGUACCUACAUGGCUCCCAACCCCGGGUCCCCGCCCACCGCGCGCGCUGGAUGGAGCUGGUGUGCGGCAUCGGAGAUUUCGUGAGGGCAUUGAGAGAGGCGAUGCCGGGAGAGGAGCGCUACCUUCCGAUUGACGGGGAGUCGCUCCAGGCCUCCCUGAUGCCGGUGGGUCGAAACCUGACAUUCGUGGCCGCGGCAACGGGGGAGCUGGUCUGCUUCGCCAACGACGCCGAGGGCCUGUACGGCAACAACCGCGCGUCUCUGAACGUGACGGUGACGCGCGAGUCGUGGCCGCCGGACGGGACGUACGUGGAAGAGAACUACGACGCGCACCUCGACGACGAUCCUCCGGUCGUCUAUCCCUAG